AUGGCGGAAAUCAAGCAACUAAAAGCUAGGAAAGUUGGGGGAAGACUAGAAGAGGUGAUGAGAGAAGCAAGCACCACACCACUGACCCCACGUUUGGCUAAAGCUUUGAUUCCUCAGAAGUGCCCUGUUCCAACAUUCGAAUGUUACGACGAGUCCAGCGAUCUUGCAGCGCACCUUCGUUAUUACAAUCGUAUCUUAGCACGAUGGGAGCAGGACGAUACAGUCCUCUGUAGGUAUUUUUCUUCAGGUCUAAAGGGAUCAACACUAUCUUGGUUCGAUAACCUGCCUCCCAACUCCAUCAAUUCCUACGUCCAGCUCACGGAGAAGUUCUUAGAAACUUAUAUGUACAACAAGGCAGUCAACGUAAGAAUAGAUAAGCUCUUCUUGCUGGCAACCGCUUACAAAGAGACAAUCAGGGAGUAUACCGACAGAUGGCACAUAAUUUGUCAAGCCAUAGGAAAUGUAGAUCCAGUGGUCAACAUCAACUGUUACAAGUGGGUACUGGAUAAGAUGAGCCCGUUAUUUGUGGAGAUCCAUGGAAGUGUCCCUAAGACAGAAGGAGACCUUCGAGUAAUCAUUGAAAAGCACGCAAGGCUAGAAGAGAUCCAGCGGGAAAAUCCUAGGGCCCAAGCUCAAAGAUCUCAUCGAACUAACUUUGUAGAACAAGCCAGCGGAUCAAAGAGGGGCGGUUCAGCUGAACGUCCUAUUGAUGAUAAAAGAGGACGAAGGGAUGACCGUCGGUGUGACGAUCGGAAAAUCGAAGAUCAAGUCUUCACGAAGCUGAACAUAAACUACACCCGCAUUUUGAGGGAGAUCAAAGGCAGAGAAAACCUUGAGUGA